CUGUAGGUAACCUAUAAGCGGAGAUGUUAAUGGGUAAGAACUACAUAGAUGUUGAUGGAUGAGGCUGAAACAAGGUGUAGGAUCCAUAGACUAAGAACCUUCAUGUCAUGUUAUUUCCUCUCUGUUAUAUGUGAGUUCAUGCAUCUUUUCUGAAUUCUGAUUGUCGUAGUCAUAUCAUAAACCCAGGACACCGCAUGCGCUUUCCUCUCUGAAUUACAUGUGCUCACACAUGUUGUCAUGUUUGUCUUGUAUUUACCCUGACUUCAUUUCCACAAGAUUCUAAAGCUGAAAAUACCUCUAGAAAACUUGUCCAAGAGCGCAAUGGCUGUUUGUGGAGGCGGGCAUGUUUGUCUCCAUCCUCCCAGUGGAGAAGCGAAGGAAUACCAGGUCUCCAUCACUUCGAAGCAAACGUCUUCAGAACGGGUUCUACGAUGAGAAACAUCGGAACCAUCAUCCACCUCCAAGCCACAGUUAAAUAAAACAAAGACAUGUACCAGCUGUGCUGAUAAGCGUGCAGUGUAUCAUCCUGUAUUUUAAAGUCGGAACUCCAUAAACGUGGAGUGGAGAGGAGAGGAGAUGAUGGCGGGCAAUGACAAUGAUGUUGUUGUGGACAUCGGGAAGCCGUCGAGCUUUACUGGGGGGCUCGAAUUCUCAGGACUAACCUACACCGUGAUGAAGAAGCAGAGGGUGGAGGGGAAGUGGACAUCGCAAGGGGUGGACCUGCUGCACCGCAUCACGGGUUACGCCCCAAAGGGCUGCGUCACAGCCGUCAUGGGACCUAGUGGCGCCGGAAAAUCCACCUUUCUCGAUGGUCUUGCAGGACGGAUUGCAAGUGGGAGCCUCAAGGGACGCGUCUCCCUGGAUGGCGCCGAGAUGAGCCCCAGCAUCAUCAAGCGCACCUCCGCCUACAUCAUGCAGGACGACCGCCUCUUCCCCAUGCUCACCGUCUACGAGACCCUCAUGUUCGCUGCAGACUUCCGCCUCGGCUCCAUCUCCACUGACGACAAGAAGCAAAGGGUGGAGAAACUCAUUGAACAGCUAGGAUUGACGUCCUCGAGGAACACGUAUAUAGGAGACGAGGGCACGAGGGGAGUGUCCGGCGGAGAACGCCGAAGGGUAUCCAUUGGGGUGGACAUCAUUCAUGGGCCGCCACUGCUGUUCCUGGACGAGCCCACCUCCGGUCUGGACUCUACUAGUGCCCAUAGUGUGAUUGAGAGGGUGCAUCACAUUGCACGCUCCGGCAGCACAGUCAUCCUGACCAUCCACCAGCCAUCACAUCGUAUACUAGUGCUCCUGGACCACCUCAUAAUCCUAGCCAGAGGACAGCUUAUGUUCAUCGGUGCCCCCAAGGACGUCAGCAGUCACCUGGGACGCAUGGGCCGGAAGGUGCCAAAGGGCGAAAACUCUAUUGAACACCUGCUUGAUGUGAUCCAAGAGUACGAUCAGUCGGAGCUUGGGGUAACGGCAUUAGCCGACUUCUGCCUUACCGGGCUGAAGCCACCACGAAUCUCGAAUGAAGACUACUCAGUCAGCACCAAUAUUCCACCCACGCCGCUGCCAAUGCCUCAUGCUAUCCGUGAUGGUGUGAGCUCAGGUAAGCGUGGGUCUCAGGCACACACACCUCAUCGGCUGGAUGAAUAUGAUCACAGUGUCCGGAGCCCUUGGCCUUCCUCCAAGUCCCCGUGGAGUAACGCCGGCCAUAGUGGAGUCAUGGACACGCUGCGAUUGACGCCCUCUCGCCUCCGAGGGGAUCGCAAGCCGUCACAUAACCCUAUGAGUCUCUCCCCGGGCUACUACACCUAUUCCAAUGAGAUACUGUCGAGAACGCCGACCCCACACAGCAGUGAUUAUACGGUGAACGAGGACGAUUACAUGACCCCGAAUGUGGUGGGAGGCGGUCGUUUAGGCAGGCACCAUGCAGGCGGCUUCGGCCCAACGUUUGCCAACUCUUACGUUUCCGAGGUGUGGGUUCUGAUGCGGCGUAACUUCACCAACAUCCGGCGCACCCCAGAGCUCUUCCUCUCCCGCCAGAUGGUGCUAACAAUCAUGGGGUUCAUGAUGGCCACCAUGUUCCUCAAUCCCAAGGAUGACACCCAGGGAAUCACCACUCGCCUCAGCUUCAUCAUCUUCACCGUCUGUCUCUUCUUUUUCUCGUCCAAUGACGCCGUCCCUGCUUUCAUCCAGGAGCGCUUCAUAUUCGUUCGAGAGACGUCACACAACGCGUACCGCGCCUCCUCAUAUACCAUCUCAGGCCUCAUCACCUACCUCCCCUUCCUCUUGGUCCAGGCCUUGACAUACGCUGCAAUCGUCUGGUUCGCACUCAAACUCCACGGGGACUUCUACUACUUCGUCAUCGUUCUCUACGUCUCUCUGCUCUCCACCAAUUCAUUCGUGGUGUUUGUCAGUUCGGUGGUGCCCAACUACAUAUUGGGCUAUGCUGCAGUCAUCGCUUUCACCGCGCUCUUCUUCCUCUUCUGUGGCUAUUUCCUCAAAAGCAGCAGCAUCCCGAAAGGGUGGAAGUGGAUGAAUACCAUCUCUACCAUGACCUACCCCUACCAAGGCCUGCUCAUGAACGAGUUUGAAAACAACCGGACGUUCGCCCAUGACCCUCUUGGCAGACCGGUCACUGGAGCCAACAUCCUACAGCAGAUGUCUAUUAGCACCCAAGAAUCGGAGAAAUGGAAGAUGGUUCUUUAUUUGUUAGGUUGGGCUGUCUUCUAUCGUUUACUGUUCUAUUUAAUCCUUAGGUUCGCCUCCAAGAACCACAGGUCAUGAGACACUAGUCGGUCAGCGGGUAUUUUCAUUCUACUUAAAAACAUUACCACAAUACAUUUUUAACUUAUCUUUGGCGAAAAUGUGAAUAAUGAAUGGUAUACGUCAACAUUCAACUUGGCAACUUGGGCCGUUUGAUCCAUGGUAAUGACAUAUUACCAAUUACCAUGGUAAUAUAAGUGAAAAUGUUUUAUGGUUAGAAAUAUUAUAGUAAUUUAAUA